ACAGCCAGGACCAGUCAAGUGUAGACAAGUAGCCCCUGUACUUGAAAUACAUCAUUAGGUUCUUCAGCAUUCACUGCCCUAUUUGUCAAAGGCUAACAGCUUGUAUGACAGUUCACAUGAUAGCCUAUGAUUUAUUCAGGGGUGGGAUGGUCUCAUCAAAGCGCAGACCUUGUUAAAGAAGCUUUGCCAAGGCUCUGCAGAGAGUAGAGAGAAUCUCACAGAACAGGAAACUUCCAAACAACCUUUGAAGAGUAAGCUGUGAAAAGUUCAAAAAACUGACAAGGUGAGAAAAAGUACUAAUAGUUAGUGGAAGCACUUGACUACAAGUGACACAUCACGUGUACUGAACACUGAUCACAUGAAAACAGAAGACGGUCAGUUGGAACUGGUAUGGAGCAAUCUGGUUGCCUGAAAAAAGUGUCAGUCCCAUUAACUCUCCUCUACCUGCUGUACUCAUUGGAGGGGACAAGCUCGGAAAAACUCUUCCAUAACAGAGACCAUUCCGAUGUAGAACUACAAAGCCACCCACAAGCUGAUGCCAUUCUGAGUCCGGAAGCAGCACAGCAAUAUCUGGUAAAAUAUGGUUGGGUGAAUCCUGUCAACUGGGAGGAGCAGGGAUUUGGAGAUUCACCUGAACUUGACCAAGCUCCACAAGAUGUCUCUCAACUCAUUUCAGAAGGCGAUUCAUCAGAACGCUCUUUCUUUCCUUCUCCUGAUAAGACGGAGUUAAGCCCAUCUUUUUCUGAGUCCUUGAAAAAAUUUCAAGAGGCCAAUGGGCUAAAUGCCACGGGCAUCCUGGACACACCCACCAAACUGGCCAUGAACAAACCCCGUUGUGGUGUUCCUGACCGCAAAAUACCAUCAAGACGUAAAAAUGCAACUUUGAGCCUUUUGGCGACAAAUGAAACAGACCAUGAUUCCAUGGAACCAGAAAGAACUCAGCGUGGAAGGAGAAGUGUUCUGGCCACACUGGUGAAUCACUAUAGAAAGAAACGGGACGAGAGAAAUGCUCUGGAAAACGGAAAUGCCAUGAGUAUUUCCAAGAGGACAUUGAAGUGGAGGCUCAUGGGAGAGGGGUACAGCAUGCAAUUGACCAUUGAACAGCAGAGGAGAAUACUCCGUACUGCUUUCCGUAUGUGGAGUGAGGUCAUCCCACUGCAAUUUGAGGAGGAUCUCACUGGAGAUGACAUAGACAUUCGAGUUGGAUUUGGCACAGGGCAGCACCUUGGCUGUUCUCAGGCAUUUGAUGGAGCCGGGCAGGAGUUUGCCCACGCCUGGUACCUGGGAGACAUUCAUUUUGAUGAUGAUGAACAUUUUGUUGGUCCGACCAGCGAACAAGGAAUCAGCCUUCUAAAAGUUGCUGUCCAUGAAAUUGGUCAUGCUCUUGGCCUGCCCCAUAUAAAUCGCUUGGGCUCGGUGAUGCAGCCAAACUAUACACCUCAAGGGAAACACUUAGAGUUGGACUGGGAGGACAGAAAAGCUGUACAGAAAAAAUAUGGCUCAUGCGAUGGCAGCUUCAGCACUGUGUUUGAUUGGGUCAGGAAGGAAAAGAAUUCACGUGGAGAAGCCUUCUACAGGUUCAACACUUACUUCUUCAAGACUGGCUGGUACUGGAUGUAUGAAAACAAGGGUAACAGAACAAGAUUUGGAGAUCCUCUGCCAAUCAAAACAGGCUGGAAAGGACUUCCAGACAGAGACAUAGAUGCCUAUGUGCAUGUCUGGACGUGGAAUAUAGAUGCCCAGUAUUUCUUUAAAGGUACUCAAGUCUGGCGCUACGACCCUGACAAAGACUCAGCUUAUACAGAAGACUGGAAGAAAAAUAAGUAUCCUCAGCUCAUAUCCGAGACUUUUCCUGGGGCUCCAAGUCCACUUGAUGCUGCUUUCUUUGACAAAAAGGAUCGACUCAUAUAUUUCUUCAGGCAAAACAAUGUGACUGCAUUCAGCGUGGAUAAGAACAAAAUAGUUGAAGGUUUUCCAAAACGCAUCGUAGAUGUUUUCCCGUCGGUGAACCCUGCAGACCAUCCAAUAGGGUACCUAGAUGCUGUCUACUUUUCCUACACACAUCAGGCAGCCUACUUCAUGAAAGGCAGUUAUUACUGGAAAAUGGUAAAAGACCAAGAGAGGCAAGCCAACGCAUCCCUGCCGCUCAACGGACUGUGGCCCAGGAAAAAGAUCAACUCCAAAUGGUAUGAUAUCUGUGAUGUCCAUCCUUCCGCUCUCUUCAACACAACAUAGACCGGAAAUCUGUUACGUUUGGUCUGUAUGUUCAGCAGCGAAGGAAAAAAACAUUGCAACACAAUGUUUAUUAUUGCAUUCCAGCCACCUCCAACGCUUCGCCGCGUGCCAUUAUAGCUGUUCCCAGGACUGCUGCUACGGGAAGGGAACGGGGAGGCCCAGCAGUCAUGGGUUGCCACAAAUAACUUGUGAUCACUUGUGUAAUAUCAAAAUAACUAACGUGCUA